AUGACUAGAGAUAUAGGAGUUUUAUACAGAAUUGUUUUUAAUAAUAUCCAUAUAUAUAGUAUUAUCAAAAAACAUUUAAGAUUAUUUAAUUUUUUUUAUGGUACAAGAUAUUUUAGUUCUGUUGAAGAGUUUUAUCAGUUUAAAUUUAUUCAAUACCUAAGUUGUAUUAUGGUCGAUAUAAAAGAAACCUUUGAUCUAAAUCAAUUGCCCCCAAACAUUAGAUCAAUAGAAAUAUUCAGUAUUUAUAAAAAAUGUGAAAUUAUACCAUUGACCAAAGAUUCAAGUAAUUCUCUAAAGAAAAUAAAAAUAAUAGGAUACCAUUCGAAACCAAAAAUAAAGCAUAUAAUAAAACACAACAAUAUUGUUGGUUUUGGAUGCAAUCUUUGGAACGUUCGAAACCUAGUUUUUCCCAAUACAAUUCGCAAAUUAGAUAUUACAUACAAUACCACUAUCAAAAAAGGCUGGCUCCCUCAAAAUUUAACGAAACUAUCAAUUUCAUUACCUAGAAAAACAGCUAUUGAAGACUAUGCAUUACCAAACUCACUAAAAGAACUUUCUAUUGACUUUGAAUUAGGGAAUAAUGACAUCAAAAUGGAACUCAAAUCAAACUAUUUAACACACCUAACCAAUUUAGAGAAAUUUACCUUGAACCAUAAUUCCUGUGAAGAAAAUCUAUUAUCAGAUGAUUUUCAAAUACCCGAAUCUGUUACUAAACUAGCUCUAUUCUGUGAAAAGCUUCCAGAAUCUUUCAAUUUAGAGGUCGACUUUAAUAUAAAAUUACGAUCCAAUAUGUUUCCACCAAAUCUAACCCACCUAACUAUGUGCCAUCCAGACUACCCAAAAUUUAAUAAUGGUGGAUAUCCUCUAAUAGAAGAAAAUAUAUUCCCAAAUACACUGACCUAUCUAAAUAUAGGUGACAAUUUUAAUCAAGAUAUUGGCAUUAAUGUAUUACCUCAUCAACUUAAGACUCUAAAAUUGGGAAAUCGAUAUAACAAAAAAAUAAUAAAAGAAUCAAUACCCCCAACACUAGAAUAUUUUGAAAUAGGUUAUUCGUUAGAAUAUGUAGAGCAGCCAAUCCUUUUAAACUGUGUUUUCAAUUGCUUUGACUAUUAUAAACAAUUCCAAUCAUCACCAACACUUUUAAAAUCUCUUAUUGUUAGAACACCUUACCGCUUAUCAGCAUCAGAUUUUACUGAAAUGAUAAAAGAUAAAACCAAUUUAGAGUAUUUAGAACUAGAUUUUUUUUUUGACUUGGAAAUUGAACAAAUCAGUUUACCCCCAAACAAUAAAAUCAAAACUUUGGUAUUCAAUAAUUCAAACUAUACCAAAAUUUUAAAUUUAGAUUAUUUCCCAAAUUUACAAGUUUUAAUUUUAAAAAACAGUUCGAGUCCAAUAAUUACCACCUCGAAUAUUGACAACUUAAAUAUUACAAUAGAAAUUCCAAUAACCAAUGCAAACACUCUAAAUUUAAUCGAUCCAAUAUUUCACCGUUUUAUAAAAUUAACAAAAAAAAGAAUAAAAUAUUUAUAA